AUGGCGCCGCAGUGGAAGUUUCCACGCCGGCCUCAGCGCUCGCCGCCUUCGCCAGCGUUGCCGUCGGGGAGCCUUCGUGUACGCAGACAGAGGUCGGCAACGUCCGCAGGGUCGUCUGCAAGCACUUCAUGUCGUCCGAAGACUUCGCUAAGUACGUUAAGCGCGGAGUCGGAGAGGACCUCACCAAGAAGACUUGGUUCAAGCUGGAGGACAGUCGUCUGGAGCGGUUCCCCGACAGGAGCCUUCGCCGACUUGAACAUCUACAAGCUGGCCUUCUACAACGUCUCAGUCGUGGACUUCGCGCAGCAAGGACCCACGGGAAAUCCUUUUGAGGGACUCGAAGACACGCUCCGUGAGGUCGUCUUCCACAGUGGAAGCACACUGCCUCCUUCCUGGUCGGUCUUCCAAGGCAUCCACAAGCUGGAGGAGGUCUGCAUCGACGACUACGAGAACCUGCGGCUGACCACGGACUUCAACAAGCUUCCUAAGACGGUGAAGAGCAUCUACGUGACCAAGUCAACUGUGGAGCACGUGGACCCCGACUGGCUGACGUCGCUAGAGAACCUAGAAGCCCUGGUGCUGCGCAAGACCAGUCUCAAGGUUUUCUCCAGACGAUGGUUGCCUAUGCCAGCUCCAAACUUCUUCCUUCUGGAUUUGCCUGACAACCAACUGGAGGCCUUCCCAGAAGGACUGGCCGAUGACCUGCCUCGUCUCAGCGUCGUCAACCUUCAGAGGAACAAGCUGACCACCGUAGACGAAAAGGCUGUGGCUCCGCUCAAGGACAAGACCGUAUUCGUCAACUUCGCCGACAACCCUAUGCACUGCGACUGCCGGCUCCGCUUCCUGCUGACGUACACGCACCGGUGGCACUACUUCCUGUGUCGCACCCCGCAGUCCCUGUUCGACCGCUACUUCCACCGGCUCACCGAGGGAGACCUGCAGUGCAGCGCCACCGCUCCUCUUUCCUCCACGUAGACGACGUCCACGACCAAGACCACCACCCGCUUGCGCUGUGCGCAGUUCGCCAAAGCACCGCCACACCACCACUGUCCCGGUACAAUUCCCGACUUGACGUUGAGCGUCACGCGACGGAACUUCCUUCGUAUACAUUGCUGUCCCCUUUCUGCACCGUGUUCUUCGGUCGCCCAUUCGAACCGUGUUGUCGUACCUGUACGCCCUUAAUAAAAAGAGCCCUGUCCGUGCACA